AUGCUCAACGUGUCUAACCGAGUCACACGUGCGGCCAAUGCGGUUGCUGCAGCCUCAGCUCGUCUCUCCAUGACCGCCGAGUCGACCAAGGCGCUGUGGGACGGGCUUUCCAAGAAGAUCGCGCAGAUCUCCGAACGGGAGCCGCUCAAGCCUGCAACCGAGCGCACCCCAUUGCUGCACUUCGACGCCUCUGUGGUCCCCAGCAACGGCGUCGAAGACGAGGAGUCCACCUUGAGAAAAUGCAUCAAACCUUCUCACAGCAGCGAGUGUCAAGCGCUAUUCCGUCUGGCUUUUCAGAUGUUACUAUUUGGUAUCGUGGAUUUCGCUCCCAACUUCCUCAGCGGCGUACUCACGGGCCACCUUAGCGCUUCGCACAGUAGCGAGUUCAUGGCGGCCCGUAGUCUGGCACUUAUCUUCAACAUGGUCACUAGCACGACGCUGAUCGCAGCCAUGAGCGCUGCGAUGGACACGCUCUGUGCUCAGGCCUAUGGUGCUGGUCAAUUACGAGAGCUGGGGCUGUUCUUUCAGACAGGGCUACUUGUCUUCUCUAUCGGUUUCCCACCCGUAGCCCUCGCCAGUUUCUACUGCGUUGAGCUGCUAGAAAUGGCGGGGCAACGACGUGAGCUUGCUCAGCUGGUGCGCAGCUUGGUGCUGUUAGCUCUGCCUGGAGUGCCCUUCGCAGCUGUCAACACGCUGAUGUGCAAGAUCCUGCAAGGUCAGAGUCGAGUGGAGCCCCUCGUGGGUGUCGGUCUCAUGGCAAGUGUCGUCCAAGCUACGUUACUCUACGUCUUCAUGUUCCAGACACCACUGGGCUUCACCGGGUCUGCAUUAGCCAUUUCAACGACUUUGGCUGUUUACGCUAUUGUAUUGGCUACGUAUUUGUACCGCAGCGGUCUGUACCAACGUGAGUGGCCUGGCUGGCAGUUCUCUGAGGCAGUUCGUCUUAUGCCCGAGUUCCUGCGCUUGGGUGUGUCUGGUAUGGCCAUGUUCGUGUGUGAAGUAUGGGGUUUUGCUGCUGUAGGGCUCAGCUCGGGGAUGCUGCCUCACGCUGCAGCAGUCGUUAGUGCAGACUCCAGUUACGCCAAUCUGCGGUGGCUCGGAGCGCUCUGGUACGCCGCCAUCUCGCUCGCGGGCUCGGUGAGGGUCGGUAAUGCGCUUGGAGCGAACGAUCCAGCGCGUGCUUGGCACACGACGAAGCUUGCUUUGGGUCUGAGCACAGCUUGCUCUCUCGUUGCGUCUGUAGCCAUGUUAUUGCUCCACGGUGUGUUGCCGUUCGCCUUCACAAGUGACGAGCGCGUGGUGUCCAUUACGUCGAAGUUGUUGCUCGUGACCAGUCCGCUGCAGGUUUUUGCAGCAAUCUCGUCCGUUUCCCAAGGUAUUUUCCGUGGUUGUGGCUUGCAGGCACUUGGUGCAAAAGUCAACUUCGUCUGCUACAUUCUGCUGGCUGUACCGGUUGGAUUGCUCUUAGCAUUUCCACUUGAAAUGGGGCUGCUAGGACUGUGGCUUGGCCUCAAUGUCGGUUUUAUCGCAAGCGGACUCUUCAGCGCUAAAACGAACGACAUGUGCAGCCCCAGGCGAGGCUUGCUACGAUGA